AUGAUCAGACCAGAAAUGCUCAAAUACAGCAGCCCUAAGCUUCAGAUGGCAGUGCUGAAACUGUUCAACCUGAUUUUAAAUACUGGUGAAUUCCCUGAAAUCUGGAACAAGGGCUUCAUCACCCUGAUCUUCAAAAGUGGAGAUAAACUACAGCCUUCAAACUACAGAGGAAUCUGUGAUCGCGUGGGGCAUCAGGAGGAGAUACGUAAGGACCGAGAGUUUCACGCUCGUCUGGCUGCUGAGUGCACUCAGUCCAAACACCAAAAACACUUCAACAUCUGCAGGGAGAUUCCGGAGCAGAUCGUAGAUCUGGCAACCAAGAGUGGGGAGUACCGCCUGCUCACGGCCAAUGAUAUUCCUCUGAAGUUGAUGAGGGAGUGGAAGGAGAUGUAUUUCAGUGGUAAGCCGCUGUAUGAAGUGUCUGAGCUGGAGUUAGGGGCAGAGCCUGCAGAGCCCAGCCCAGAACAAACAAUCCAGCUGGAGAAACUAAACAUCCUCAACCAGCAGGACUAUGAUGAGUACACAAAUAUGACGGGUGAAUGGACGUGGCCUGAAGAAGAAGGAGAGAGCAGAGCUCCGCCCACCAAUAAUGAUAUUCUGGGCCAUGUUGUUGCUCGUCUGCAGAGCAUUGUUAAUCCCCCUUGCCUGAAUGACCCUUCACCACAAUUCCCAAAUUUCUCUCUCAGAGCAUGUGUGCUGGGAAAGGUGUGCUCUGGCAAGACCACCUGCCUCACAAGGAUCAGCGAGGUACAUGGCAUCCACAUUCUUUCAGCUGAUAUACUGAUCCAGGAGGCGCUGGCUGCCCGCCAAGCUGGAGAACAGUCUUUGCGGGCGCAGCAUGGUGCAGCAGUGGAGAAGGCGCUGAGGAGGGGUGGAGCCAUUCCUGAUGAGCUCCUCAUUGACAUCUUCAUACAUGCAGUCAGGCAGGUUCCAGAGGGCCGUGGUUGGGUUCUGGAUGGGUUCCCAACAAACGUGUCUCAGGCCCGGCUGCUGGAGAAGGCCCUGAGCGGAGCCGACCCGGACCAGGCUGACAGGAAGAGGCGGAACAAGAAGCCUAACCUGGUGGAAGACAAGAAUGCCCCCAAAGCCCCGCCCCCUCCUUUACCUGCACUGCACCUGGCCGUGCUGCUUGAGGUCUCAGACGAGCAGGUGCUGGACCGGGCUCUCCACCAGAGUCAGCAGGUGAGAGAGGAGAACGCUAAUAAGACCGAUGACACUCUGCCAAAGACGCAGGACCAAAUACUUCCUCCGGAACAUACACAACAGAGUGCUCCCCCUGCUGGAGACCACACACACAUCCAGCACAGAUCUAAAGCAGGAGUUUGUGUGUUUUUCAGGGAGGACUUUAAGCAGUAUCUGCGGAGGCCUGAUCUAAAGCAGGAGUUCGUGUCCGUGUGGCAGCGAGACUUUAACAGCGUUCCUGAUGACAUGAGGCAGGAUGAGGAGACCAAAGCUGAGCUUCACCACAGACUGGACGAGUUGCGGGAGCGUCUGUGGGAUAUCUGUGAUAAGAGAAGGGAGGAGGCGAUGGAGGAGAGAGCUGGAGUUAUAGGAGACGGCUGGCUGAAGGAUCACACUGCCCUGCUGAUCAACCACUACUCCACUCUAAUGCAGGUGGAGGUGGACAGGUUUCAGGACACUCUGCGUGUGCUGAGAGAUUAUUACACAGGUAUGUACAGGAGUGUGUUACCUGAAGCACCUCAGGACUUCACCUGCCUCCCACUGCUGGACAUCACCAACAACAACGGCAGCCAGCCGGACAGGACCAAAAGCCCUUCUGGCCCCGCCCCUUCAGAGAGACUCACAAAGAGUGCUGGGAAAAAAAACACAGAGCCAGAGGAGAAGAAAACCAAAGUAGUUCCUCUGAUUGGACGCAGGUCGCCCUCUACAGACCCCUCCAGGCUCCUGCAGGACAUCCAUCAAACUGCCCUCACUGCCAUCACCAACAUGGCGUCAGUGGAGGUUCAGCAGGUGGAGAUGGAGGUGAACCAGGAGGUUCAGCAGCAGCAGAUGGAGAGAGAGAAAGCACUCUCUCAGGCUUCAGCCACAAACUCCGCCAAGAAGAAAUCAGCCAAGAAGAAAGGCCCCCCGUCCCCGACCCAGGAGCCCACCCCUCCACCUCUGAUAGAGGAGAGCCCGGAGGAGGUGCUGGGGAGAGCGGUGAGGAGCAGAAUCAGACAGGAGUACAGCAGAGCACUGCAGCAUGAAGAGGGGGCGGCGAGGCAGCGUUUGGAGCUGGUGAAGCUUCACGCUUUGUCCUUCGUCCACAGCGUCCAGCACAGAGCAGAACAGACCCACACAGAGAUGCAGGAGUGGCUGGACCACCGCUUCACCUCCGAGAUGGACAGUAUACAGCAGCUGUCUGAGGUGGUUCAGCACCACAUCGAGAACAGUCUGAAGGUCCCUCACCAGCUGGUGCUGGACUGCACCGACUUCUUCAUAGACGGGGAGACGCGGGUGUUACCCACUCCGCCCACUCCGCCCCGCCCACCACCGCUGGAACAAACCAAUCACAGCACUCUCACCAUCCUGCAGCUGCACGGUCUGCACGCCCAGCUGCACAAGAUCGCCCCCACAGGUCUGGUGUCCAGUACCGAGCUCUGUAAGGUCCUGCAGGAGCUGACCUCACUCACUAUGGGCUCUGAUGCUCUACCUGAAGCCUGGAUGAACCUCACAGACUCACAGGUCCAGGAGCUGGUGUGUGUGCUGUCUCAGGACCGUGAGGUAGUGGACUGGCGUCAGUUUUUACUGAGUGCGGCUCAGCCGUGGCCUUUACCCUCUCAGAACCAACUGCUGAAAACACUCAGACGCUUCAGAGAGAGAGACACUGCGGCCAGCGGAGUCCUUACACUGGAGCAAUACAAGCAGGUUGAGUUGUGGUUUUCCAGCCAGAGAGAUGUUCCUGUUCCUGAUGACCCCACUGAACCUCUGCCAUUCGACCGGCUGGCCAACCUCAAGGAGUUUUUCUUUGCCCUGUUUGCGGACUCUGGUUCAUCCCCGGCUGUUCUGGACUAUCUGACCAUGCUGCUGUACUUCUGCUGCCAUCCUGAUCCAGCGCAGGGCUUCACCAGAGCACUCAGCAUAGUGACCCAGCACAAACAUCAGUACAGACACACCAGCCCCCUGCUGCAGUCACUGCCCUACAUGGACGGUGCUGAGGAGUGUGAAGCUGAGGAAGAGGACGAGUCUGUGCGUAAAGAUGAUGGUGUGUUGGUGGAUGAGCUUCUUAGAGUUCUGAGCCACGGAGGAACACGAGUGACAUCACACCACCGCAUAGAGUCUAACAGCAGAGAGGAGUUACAGCAGGAUCUGGUGAAGGUCUUUAAGGAGUUGGGCUUUGAUGCGGAGGAGAAGAUUCCAUUCUCAAUGCUAUCCCAGCAUCCGUUCCUGCAAGACCUGAUGGAAGGCUCUUCACAGUAUCUGCUAACAGAUAUUCACAGACUUCUACACAUCCCGAAGAGUGAUGGAGAACCUUCAAGCUUCACCACAUCAUAGACUCGCAUUCACGUGAACACAGAGAGCUUCAGGAUAAAGAAAGGACUUCCAAAUCCAUUAGUCAC